GUGGAAUUGUUAUCUUAUCUAGAAGCUUGUUCUUGUCUUCUUAAACCAUAGCCAAACUUUUAAAAACACAAUUCACACCCUGUUGAGCUAUCUUGAUAGAUAAUAAGUAGCAUUGAUAGUUUAUGUUGUGAUUGUUUGAUCAUUUGGUUGAUCAGAUUGAAACACACCUUCAACUAGUACUUCACAAAAUAUCUUACUCCAUGAUCAUGAUCAGUGUUCUUUUAUGUGCUACUAUUUUGGCAACAUCCUUUGCCAUACCUUUCAAGGAUGGAUCAUUCGUCCACCCUAAAGAUAUUCAGAAGGUUCCAAUAGGACCGACGUCUGAUGAAUAUGUGCGGGACCUUAUGGUAAAUAUAGGAAAGAAUGCAGAAGUUUUUGCUGAUGUAGCACACCAUGCAACCUCCCAAGAAACUAUUGAUAGUCUUUUUGAUGCGACUGAAACGAUCAAAGGAGGAAUGAUAGAUGAGCCACCUGCACUCCAAAUACAAUGUUUAGUUUGUGAGCAACUUAUUGAGAUCCUGCAAAGAGGCUUAACUGAAGCAGGAAAUGACCCUGAUAUUGCAUGGGAAGCAUUGAGACCAAUAGCAGAAGAGCUCUGUAACAAUGUUCUUGGAGUCGCAGGCCUAAAUGCUGAAGCCAUGUGUCCAGGAAUUAUGGGCCACUAUGUUCCUCAUCUUCUCUACAUACUCCACAAUAAAACAAUGUCACCAUCUUAUGCAUGCACAGAACUGAAUUUCUGCGAUGUUGAAGAUAUCAGUGCAGAUGGCCAAGCGUUACCGAUUUACAUUAAAGACAAUGAGACACCUAUGGAAAGGUUUGAUGAUAGAAAGAAGCGACAAGCACCAGGCUCAACAUUCCGCAUAGCCUUCCUAACUGAUGUUCAUGUUGAUUCCAGAUAUACUGUUGGUGCCCCAACCGAUUGUGGAAUGAUCAUAUGUUGCAGAGUUGGAGCUGACUAUACAGGAGAGGGAAGCGCUGGACGUUUUGGAAGUUAUUCUUGUAACACGCCUAUAAGGACUAUGGAUUUGUUCAUGCAAGGAAUUGCAAACCUUGCUGAAAAGCCAGACAUUGUCCUAUAUGGAGGUGAUGCCCCACCACAUGCACUAUGGGAGGAAACAUUUGAUGGCCAAAUGCAAGCCUCUCAGGCUACAGUUGAGGCAUUUAGCCGCAAUAUGCCAGGAAUGAGAGUUUUUCCUACAAUAGGCAACCAUGAGACAUACCCUGGUAAUCUGUACUACCUUCCUCGACAGGAAAUUCAGGACAUGAAUAGAAUGUUUACGGAAUGGUGGCGACCCUUGGCAAAUUUCAGCGAUGAAAAUGUUAGAACCUGGCAGGCAAAUGGAUAUUACACCACCCUUAUACGGCCUGGUCUAAGAAUUCUGACGUUUAAUUCAAACUAUGGAUACACUAUGAAUUUCUAUAACUUGUUGAAUGUGGAUACGCUUGAGUUAGUACAGUUGAAAACGUUUAUGAAUGACACACUGCAAACAGCAAGAAAUAACAACGAGAAAGUUAUAAUGCUCGGUCAUCACCCUACAGGAAGUGCUCAGAACCAUUGGGGGAGGUUCUAUACAGAACUUGUCCUCCAGUUUGGUGAUGUUAUUGCUCUUCAGCAAUGUGGCCACACCCAUAGAGAUCACUUCACAAUGUUUGUUGACCAAACAGGACAGAGCCAUGGUCAAAUGUUUGUAUCCCCCAGUGUGACAACAUUUGGUGCCAUCAACCCCUCGGCGAGAGUGUUUACCCUGGAUUCCGAAAACAAACUUGUUGAUUAUGAUCAGUACUUUUUAGAUAUUACAACUGCAGACGUCAAACCAAACAUUCAGUUAGCAUAUUCAGCAAAACAGGAAUACGGUCUCCGUGACAUGUCACCCUCAUCUUGGCAAGAACUCACCAGAAGGUUUGAGAGCGAUCAGACGUUGUUCCAACGUUACUAUUGGCACAGAGGCACUCGUGUGAGCAACUCGGAAUGUUCAGGUGCCUGUAGAGAUACUGAAUUGUGCAACCUCAGAAACAGCGUGUUCAGUGAACGACAACGAUGUAUUGACGCUAUUCCAUAAGCGGAUUCACAUAUACAGAUUUACAAUAUGGCGUUUCAAUCAACAAGACAAACUAUUCGGAAUUUGAGAUUGACUCUAUUUAGUCAUAGUCAUAUACAUUAUUCUUCAUUUAUACGUAUAACAUUAAUAAAUAUUGUGAAAUUCUCUUAAGUACUAAUUUUUGGACUUGUAGUUUCCUCCUGGGAUGACAAUGGCACAGCGUAGAUCGUAGUUGACAAACUGAUCAAUCUGAAAUAAUUGAAUAGCUAGGUAUAAUAUUUGAGUAAAUUAAUAAAAUAACUAGAUUGAA